AUGGCCUUUGCUGAAUCGGGCCAGGCUGAUCUCUCAAGGACGAGCGGCAACCUCACCUUAGCCGUCCGCCGGACCUCAAUCUAUUCCGCUCUCCCCUUCGUCGCCGCCUUGCUUUUCAUGCUCUCUGCUCUCCUCUUCGAAGCUCUCUCUGUUCGCUUCGUCACCGCCGUUCUCGGCCUCGAUUGGCACCGUAAUACUGCACCUCUUCCGGACACUGGGCAGUGGUUUCUGUUGGCAAUGAACGAGAAACUUCCUCACACAAUGGUUGAGAUAUUGAGAGCCCAUGUAAUUGGGCUACACCAUUUCCUGAUGUUGUUUAUAAUGUUGGCAUUUUCUGUGCUAUUUGACUCUGUAAAAGCUCCUAGUCUUGGGCUGGGUGCAAGAUACAUAUUCACCAUGGCGAUUGGGCGCCUUCUUCGGGCCAUAACUUUUGUGUCUACGAUUCUGCCAUCAGCUCGGCCUUGGUGUGCAUCAGCUCAAAAAUAUUAUGUCCCUUAUGCUUCUGAUGCCAACGCUAUACGCCAGCUUAUCCAUCUUGAGAGAGCUUUUGAUGAAGUUGCAAAUUUCAUUGAAGAUCCCCGUCCAGAUUGGGGAUCAAUGAACUUCUUAAUUGAUUUCUUGCGACCCAAUGCUUUCGAAGGAUCUUCAUGGUAUCAUCUUCUGAAAAAGGCUGGAGGCGGCUGCAACGACCUCCUAUACAGUGGCCAUAUGCUCGUAGCAGUCCUCCCAGCUAUGGCAUGGACGGAAGUUUAUGGAGGUUUUAGCUCAGUUCUGAUAUGGCUACUAGUAAUGCACAGUGCCCAGAGAGAAGUACGGGCACGCCACCAUUACAGUGUGGAUUGUGUCGUGGCCAUCACUGGUCAAGUCCCCAGGCGCAUCCCUUUCUCUCCACCAGACCCAACUUCUUUUUACUGUGAUGAUGAGUCCACGGAUAGCCCCCCGAGACACCACCUCCACCCACAUGGGUUGGUUCCCACUUUUUCAUCAAUAUGUUCACUCUCUUCCACUUUCUUUUCUUUUCUUUUCUUUUUUUUAUAUCACCCACUCCCGCUUUUUCUUAUCACCCACGAGACUACUCACAUGCACCACCCACUAUCUCUUAAAAUAAUUUAUCAUUUUUCCCACCCAAAACCUCAUCAUAAUAUAUUCUAUCUAUAUUUUAAUAUGUACAUAUAUACAUAUAUAUAAAUUGAAUUCAAUUUC